CUAAACUAAUGACCGUUAGCUAAUGAUCCUACUAACACUACCCCGUUACGACUAGACGUUACAUAUAACCUGCGUUAUCUCAUUACUGCUAUGAAGCUUUGAAUGGAAUUUUGAAAGAAGCUCACCUACCUCAAAACUCAUCAUCACAACGUAAUCAACAGUCAAAAAAAACAUUUUGAUGUUGUUUUUCUACCAUUUCCAUUCAAAAAAAUAUUAGCCUACAAACAAACCAGUCGAAUGAUGGUAACACAGCGAAAGACUCGGUAACGGAACGUAACAAAAACAAAAUCAUCGCGUUAAUAUGCUAUCUCCUGAAGUGGAUGAACCCUCGGCAGGGUUAAUGAUCCAUCCGGUGGGAACAGGUGCGAAUGAAAAAACGAGAAAUUUAGCAAUAUAGGGCAUGGAAGAAUAUAUCUUAAGAAGCUUUCAACUGGUUCUACCCGUCAUGUAACCGGUUUCAGACAUAGAACCGUUAGUCAGUGCUUGACUACUUAUAACAUUUACGUGCGCAGUGAUCAGACGAUUGCGAGACAUUCUGGUGUGAAGAUCGUGAACUUCAGAGUUGUAGUUCAGUGGUUCUGGUUAAUUUCUAAGACGUUAUUGUGUAACGAUGGUGCUACGUUGGAUCGUGGUGUUACUAGUGUUUUGUUGUAGUUCGUGGUUCGUCUGCGGUUUUCUAGACAGUCGCGUAAUCAACAGUCUGACGGAGAUGAUAUCGGAAAUGAAGGAUAUCGACUAUGGCAAUCCGCAACUCCGGCAGGUGUACGAUUACGUAAUUGUUGGUGCGGGACCGGCUGGAUGCGUACUGGCCAAUCGGUUGUCCGAGGACCCAACAGUGUCCGUGUUGAUUUUGGAGCUGGGACGCGGUGAAAGGCCCGCCUUUGCCGAACCACCGAUGCUUGGCCCGAUGCUGAUGGGGUCCGAUUAUAGCUUCGGGUAUGAAACGGUACGGCAGAACUACGGAUGCCUGGGUUUGACGGAUCGAAAGUGUAGCUGGACGCAUGGACGAGGUGUUGGCGGAUCGUCCAUCAUCAACAACAUCAUCUACACGCGCGGAAAUCGACGUGACUUCGAUAACUGGGCCCGGGCCGGUAUGGAGGGCUGGAGCUGGGACGAGGUGUUGCCGUACUACAGGAAAAUCGAACGAGCCAAUAUUAAAGAUUUCGAUCAGAACGGUGCACACGGUAAGACGGGCCGUGUGUCUGUAGAAGAUUGUCCGUUCCGAUCGGAGGUCGCGAAAGCGUUCGUUGCGGGUGCCUCCGAGUCCGGCUAUCCGUAUCUGGAUUACAACGCAGGAGAUACGCUGGGUGUAUCGUUUCUGCAGGCACAUUCAAAGCGGGGACAUCGAGUGACGGCAGGAACAGCCUAUCUGAAGGACAUUAGACAUCGGCCUAAUUUGCAUAUAUCCACCAGAUCUUGGGCGACGGAAAUUCUCUUCAAAGAAGACAACAAGGAAGCUACUGGAAUAAGGUUCACCAAGAACAAACGAUGGAACACAGUAAGAGCUAGGAAGGAAGUGAUCCUAUCAGCUGGAGCGUUUGAAACACCGAAACUUCUGAUGAACUCAGGUAUUGGUCCUGCGGCCGAUUUGAGACGGCAUGGGAUUCGAGUAGUACAAGACCUCCCGGUGGGUCGUCGCGUCUACGAACAUGGCGGUGUGUUUGGACCCGUCUUCAUUAUGCGGAACGGAUCGCCUAGUGAGCAAAACCUACUCAGUUUGGAGCAGGUUCUUACGGUGGAUGAGAUACUUCGCUUCCGAAACGGAACGGGACCACUGACAUCGAACUCGAUCGAAAGUUUGCUGUACGUAAAAACUCCCUUCGCUGCCGAUCCUGAUCCAGAAAUGCCGGACGUUGAGGUAAUGCAAUCGUUCGUCUCGAUGAGCUUCGAUUCGUCGAUCGCCACUCGCAUUGCGUACCGUUUGCCCGAUGCGCUUGUACGCGAGUAUUAUGAACCACUUGCUCGGGUGCGUAACUUUAUGUUUUUGCCGAUGCUGCUGAAACCGCACACGGUUGGUAGGGUGGAGCUGAAAUCACGCAACCCAUUCCACCAUCCGGUGUUCCAGUAUCAGUACUUUGAGGACGAACGUGACGUCGAGGCGUUGGUGUACUCGAUCAAGGAAGUGUUGAGAAUAGCACAGGCGGAACCAAUGCAGCGUUUGGGGAUCGAGUUGUACAGUCGGCCAGUACCGGGCUGUGAGCAUCUUACCUUCAACACGGACGAUUAUUGGCGUUGCCAUGUGCGCAUCUUAACGACCACCUUUCAGCAUCAGGUGGCCACUAGCCGUAUGGGACCGGUGGGCGAUCCUGACGCCGUCGUUGAUCCUCGGUUGCGUGUUCGUGGAAUCCGACGGCUGCGUGUGGUUGAUGCGGGCAUCAUACCAGAACCUCCGUCGGCCCAUACGUGCGCAAUGAGCUAUCUGAUUGGCGAAAAGGCAGCCGAUAUGAUUAAGGAAGAUAAUCAAUAGAAGCGAACAGUGAGGGAAAUAGAAAUAAGUAACAAACAAACAAAGA